AUGGCGAUGAUGGUGACUGGCCGUGUGCUGCUGAUGUGUGCCCUCUGCGUGCUGUGGUGCCUCACUGUUUUUGGAGAUGCAAGGGACAACCGUUGCGUUGAGGGUGAUGGGAACGUAUUGACGCGCACGCAUAAUGGAGGAAAUAACGGACUGCGCCUGAAGGCGGAUUGCGGGUUGAUUUCUACCCGAAUGGGAUUAAUAAAAGCGGUUGCGGCUGGGGAAAGAGAAGAAGAAUUAGAAAGUGUUGAUGCCCCAUUGGACAGUGUGGGAGGAACAUCGCCUGGUAGUCUCUUGGCUGUUACUGAGGGCAAUGCAGCGCCUGGUGCAGGAGGGGUAGAAGGUGCCGCAGGUGCAGCAACACCAUCCCUGCCGGUGUCUGGGCCUGGAGUGUCAGGGACAGGUGAUGAAGGCGGGCAGUUACCUGUGGCUGGUCAAGAAGGGAAUGAAAAAAAUAACUUGGAUCCCGGCAGCAAAGAGCCAAAGGAGUCCCAAGACCAAAACACCGAUCAAUUGUCCUCUCCAUCUGGCAGCACUUCCACUCGUUCUGAUGAAAAACUCUCUUCGACGGGUACUGAUGACCUUACUCCAUUGUCCAAGGACACGGAGACGGAAUUAGGUGCCGAUCGUCAGGAUAACCGUGAAAGUAAUGAAGCGAUAGAGGAAGAGGAUGGGGAAAAAGACAAGGGAAAAAAACAAGAAAAAAACAUAUUGCAACCCGAGACACAAGAAGUUCAAAAUAAUGGAGGAGGAACACCACCACCAUCAUUACCCGCACUACCACUGCCACUACCGCCAUCGGGUGUACCUGCACCAUCAUCAACAGCAGGUGAAGGAAGCCCACCAACGGAACCAAAAAACUCACAGAAUUCGAAAAAAAUAAAGAACGAAGCCACGCCGUCAGGACCAACAAUGGAAUCAAAAGCAACGCAACCGCCUUCAGGGGAUGCUACACAAGGGCAGCACAGUCAUGACACAGACACAGAGGAUUCGACGAAGAAUGCAACAACCGGCAGUCCAGCAGAACCAACAUCCUCAUCUACCUCUACAAGUGGCAGCGGUGAUCAUUUCCAGAAUAAGGCAGAUAAGAAUGAUGCUCAAAGCUCUGAAGGACAACACGACAGCCUUGAAACUGGCAACACCAACGUUGUUCCAACACUCAGUGAGACAGCACCACAAACAGCAAAAACAACCAACACCGCUCAAACAAAUGAUACGGCGACACCUGGCGACAGUGACGGCAGCACCGCGGUCUCCCACACCACCUCCCCUCUUUUGCUUCUUCUUGUUGCGUGUGCGGCUGCGGCUGCGGUGGUGGCCGCGUGA